AGACUAUUAUCGUUAUUUCCCAAAUCGAGCCACCGAAAUCCCGAAAACAAUUAUAAAUAAAAAAAAAUUCCCGUGUUCCGCGAUUUGUCUGCCCUCGUUACUUUUACCUCAAGACGAAUCUGAGAGUUAUCAGCGAGGGUCAGAAUCAGAAACUGAUUCAGGGCCAAGCAAAAACCUAGAGAGAGAGAGAAGCACCUGAAGGCGAAGCUUCUCCAAUUCGGCCAUGGAGCUCGACAUGGAAUCAAUGGCGUCGUCGAUUGGACUAUCGGUCGCGGUUUUCCGGUUCCUCCUCUGCUUCGUGGCGACCAUUCCCGUGAGCUUCCUCUGGCGAUUCAUUCCUGGUCAACACGCCAAGCACCUCUACGCGGCGCUUUCCGGAGCUAUUCUAUCCUAUCUCUCCUUCGGAUUCUCCUCCAAUCUGCAUUUCCUCGUCCCGAUGCUGCUAGGUUACGCUUCCAUGGUGUUGUAUCGCCGCCGGUGCGGCAUCAUCACGUUCUUCCUUGGAUUCGGAUAUCUGAUUGGAUGUCAUGUCUAUUACAUGAGUGGGGACGCAUGGAAGGAAGGAGGAAUUGAUGCAACUGGAGCCUUAAUGGUAUUAACGCUCAAAGUUAUCUCAUGUGCCAUAAACUACAAUGAUGGAUUAUUAAAAGAGGAAGAUUUACGUGAGGCUCAGAAGAAAAACCGGUUGGUUAAAUUACCUUCACUGAUUGAAUACUUUGGCUACUGCCUUUGCAGUGGUAGCCACUUUGCUGGUCCUGUUUAUGAAACGAAGGAUUACCUUGACUGGACUGAAGGAAAGGGGAUUUGGAACAAGUCAGAAAAAGGACUGUCACCAUCACCAUAUGGGGCAACGAUUCGCGCCCUACUCCAAGCUGCAGUUUGUAUGGGCUUGUAUUUGUACCUGGUACCACAUUUUCCUCUGUCCCGAUUCACUGAUGAAAUAUACCAAGGAUGGGGAUUCUGGAAACGGUUGGGCUACCAGUACAUGUCUGGGUUUACAGCACGUUGGAAAUAUUAUUUUAUCUGGUCAAUUUCAGAGGCCUCCAUCAUUAUUUCCAGCCUUGGCUUCAGCGGCUGGACCGACUCUUCGCCGCCAAAGGCGCGAUGGGAUCGUGCAAAAAAUGUUGAUAUUCUAGGUGUUGAGUUAGCAAAGAGUUCAGUUGAGUUGCCUCUUGUGUGGAAUAUACAAGUCAGCACCUGGCUUCGUCAUUAUGUUUAUGAUAGGCUUGUUCAGAAGGGGAAGAAACCCGGCUUCUUCCAGUUGUUGGCUACGCAGACUGUCAGUGCUGUUUGGCACGGAUUAUAUCCAGGCUACAUCAUAUUCUUUGUUCAGUCUGCAUUGAUGAUUGCUGGUUCAAGAGUCGUUUACAGAUGGCAGCAAUCCGUACCUCCUAAGCUAGCCCUUGUCAAGAAGAUACUAGUUCUCAUGAACUUUGCUUACACCCUUUUGGUUCUGAACUACUCCUGUGUUGGCUUUAUUGUAUUGAGCCUGCAUGAAACACUAGCUUCGUACGGGAGUGUGUAUUACGUUGGUACCAUCCUGCCCAUAGUGCUGAUCCUCCUUGGUUACAUAAUCAAACCAGCGAAAUCCGCCAAACCCAAAUCUCGGAAGGAUUAAUGCGAGAAUGAAAUCCUAGUGUCUUCCCUUCGACGUCUCCAGGCUGCUUUUCAAGUUUUUCAUCACCACCUUGUUAAUUUAGGAGUUCUAAACCGGUUUCGAAACGUUCUCAGAAUUGUUGAGUUUUCUAUGCACAUUUGAAUUUGAAUGGCAUUAAGUUAUUUCUAAUCAACCCCUCACCUACUGCUUUUCUGUUCAUACCGUGUGGUAUGAAUUUAGGUUGUUGGAAAACGUCAUGUCCAAAUAUGCACUUCAAACCAAUGCGUGAAGCAAUAAAAAAUGGGUCCUCUCUUGCAGAAUAAAAAUUAUUAGUUUUCUGAGAUUAGCUCACCUUAUGGAAGGUAGUCACUCCUUCGCAAGGACAGAAGUUAGGUAGUUAGAGGCCAAGAAGGCAAGGACUUCACUAUA